CACAGCAAGCCCGUGCCUAUCUGUGCAUGCGGCUCCGCCGCUACAGGUAGACGCGAGCACCGGCGAGCCCACGACACGUUGUUUCACGAACUCUCCUGCUCGAAGCAGCGCAUGUUUUAGAAGUCUCGCCUAGCAUUCGCCAUCAUGUCUCACGAUAGGACGGUGAUACGGCAUGCUGUGGAGGAGAUCGGCUUCGGCUUCCUCACGGACGAUGACAUCAGGAAGCUCAGCGUCAAGCGCAUCACGUCACCAGUAACGUUCGACACGCUCAACAACCCUCUACCUGGUGGCCUCUAUGAUCCGGUGCUGGGACCUGUGGAUAAGAUGAUGAUGUGCGCGACGUGCGGUCAAGAUCAGAAGAACUGUCCGGGGCACAUGGGGCACAUCGAGCUAGCCGUGUCCGUGUAUCAUCCGAUCCUGUUCGGAGCCCUGUUCAAGCUCCUGCGCGCAAAAUGCUUCAGCUGCCACAACCUUCGACUUUCGAAGAGCAAGACACGGGUAGCAGCCGUGAAGAUGAUGCUUGUCGAUGCUGGUCGCGCGCAGGAGGCUCUCGAGCUGGAUGCGACCCUCUUAGGGUAUCUCAAGGAUGGCGCUAAAGAUCACGAUGUCCUCGACGGGAACACAGAAGACACGCUGGUGUCUGCCACCAAGCACCGGGAUCGCGUGCUCGGCUGCCUGGAGGAAGACCUUGCCGAUGCCCCGCGGGCUGAUUGGUGCGGUGGGCACAACAGACAGCUAAGGCGGCAGCUGGCCGAGAACUUGAUCAAAGCCAUUGGAGCAUGCAAACGGUGCGAGAACUGCGGCGCCUUCUCCCCGAACAUUCGCAAGGACGGCUCCAACAAACUGUUCCAGGUCCCGCUGUCCGACAAGAAUCGCAUGGCGAACCAGACAUGCAACACACAGAUCGUCUCGGCAGUCCAGAGACGUGACCCUGGAAAACCGAACGAAGACCCCGGCGACGACUCCGACCCGAUAUCCGAAGAUAACGACUCCGAAGACGGCGACAACCUCGAUGACGACGACGACAUUGCGGGCUCCGCGCCAUCAUCGAAGGUGGUGGGGGUGCCCCUCGCGGCCGCCCAGGCCGACGCCGGAAACCCGGCUGCUAAAAGGGGGGCGCAAUUUCACGAGUUCAUGCCUCCCAUUGAGGUGGAGCUCCAGAUGCAGCAGCUCUGGAAGCAGGAAUGCUCGACUCUUGACCUUAUCUUUGUGUCCGACAGGCGCACCCGUACCGUUCCUGGUGACGUCAGCGGCGCACGGUCUUCGUCUUCGCAGAAUGUCGACGGCCUCCAUCGCGGCGGCAUCUCGGAUGGGUACCGCUUUUUCUUCAUGAGGGUCCUCGCGGUGCCCCCGCCAAGGUUCAGACCACCCAUGAACAUGGGGGACUUGAUCGCGGAGCACCCUCAAAAUGUCCAUCUCACAAAGGUGCUCAAUCUGAACGAGAGCUUGAAGAACGCGGACAGCCUCAAGGGUGAUGAUCUUGCCAGUGUGUUGACGACGUGGGUCGAGUUGCAGACGACGGUGAACUGCUACAUGGACAGCAGCAAAGAUCCCCGUGGGUUGAAGGAAACCCCACCCGGAUUAAGACAGGUCCUGGAGAAAAAAGAAGGCUUAUUCCGCAAGCACAUGAUGGGGAAGCGAGUAAACUACGCAUGCCGUUCCGUGAUCUCCCCCGACCCCUACCUAGGCACCACCGAGAUCGGCAUCCCCCUCCGGUUCGCCAAGGAGCUCACGUACCCGCAGCCUGUGGCAGACUGGAACGUGGAGGCAAUGCGACAGCUGGUUGAGAACGGGACGAGUGUUUAUCCCGGGGCGAAUUUCGUGGAGGACUCUUCGGGUCGGAUGCUUCACCUCGACAGACUGUCGGACCUAAAAAGGAGAGGCGUGGCGGCCAGGCUGCUCUCUAUCCCGGGUCAAAAGGUGUGGAGGCAUUUGAAGGACGGGGACUGCAUGCUUGUGAACCGUCAGCCGACUCUUCAUAAGCCCGGCAUUAUGGCACACCGUGUCCGCGUUCUCCGCAACCCGGGUUACCAGACGAUCCGAAUGCACUACGCGAACUGCAACACGUACAACGCCGAUUUUGACGGAGACGAGAUCAACUGCCACCUGCCGCAGAACGAGUUGGCGAAGGCAGAGGCCAAUCUGCUGGCCUUCACCGACGAGCAAUACCUGGUACCGACCAAUGGGAAGCCCCUUCGUGGCCUCAUCCAGGACCACGUCGACGCUGGCGUGAAGAUGUGUUCAAAGGACUGCUUCUUUACGAAAGGCGAGUACCAGCAGUUGGUGUACCAAGCUCUGUCCGGGUUGCCCGGUCUCGAGAUCGUGCCCCCUUCCGACGACAUCACAACUUUGCCCCCGGCGAUCCUCAAGCCGCAGCAGAGGUGGACCGGCAAGCAGGUGAUGUCCACCAUCCUCAGGCACCUGACGAAGGGCUUGCCACAGCUCAAUCUGGACGGCAAGUCGAGGACACCGAAGGUCGCAUUCGGAGAGGCAGAGCAGGAACACGUUAUCGUUUUCAGAGAAGGGGAGCUGCUGCAGGGAGUUCUGGACAAAGGGGCGUUCGGUUCGAGCGAGUUUGGCCUUGUCCACGCGGUGCACGAGGUCUACGGGUCCACCGCAGCGGGGAAGCUCCUGACGGCUUUGGGGCGGGUGUUGACGAUUUUCCUCCAAUCUUCGGGCCACACGUGCGGUAUCGAAGACCUUACCCUGACGGCUGGGGCUGAGGGCAACCGACGAGAAAUCAUCAAGAAGUCACUCGGGAUAGGCCAGAGGUCAAUGCGAGAGCUCGUUGACACCGCGUCCGCAGAAGGACAGAACGCCAAAGCUAUUGCUAACGGGGACGAGGAUACGGGUAAAGCUCUCGUGGAGGCGGAUGUGGAGGACAUCAGACAGAAAACCGCUUUUUUCUUGCUUGGGGAAGACAGGGACACCCGCUUGGCCGAGAUCGACAGACACAUGCAGAGUGCCCUUGCUCCUGUUUCGUCGGACAUCAUCAAGGCAUGCCUGCCCGGCGGACAAGCGAAGCCCUUCCCCCACAAUUGCUUCAGCUUGAUGGUCCUUACCGGAGCCAAAGGAUCGAUGGUGAACCACUCUCAGGUUUCCUGUGCCCUUGGGCAGCAGGCUCUCGAGGGCAGGCGAGUCCCCGUGAUGGUGUCGGGUAAGUCGCUGCCCAGCUUUCAGGCCUUCGAGCCGAGCCCCCGCGCGAACGGCUUCAUCACGGACCGAUUUCUGACGGGCAUCAGACCACAGGAAUAUUACUUCCACUGCAUGGCCGGACGCGAAGGAUUGGUCGACACAGCGGUAAAGACCUCCAGGUCGGGAUACCUACAGCGCUGCCUGGUCAAGCACCUGGAAGAACUAAAGGUUGGCUACGACAAUACGGUCCGGGACGGAGAGGGGUGUGUCCACCAAUUCCUCUAUGGAGAGGAUGGGAUCGACACCACACAGACCAAGUAUCUCUCGUCGAAGCAGCUCGGUUUUCUAGCUCAGAACUACCAGGCCCUUCGGCACAAGCACGGCAUCACGCCGAGCUUCAAAAAUGACGCCGGGUUUGACUGUCGCAAUGCCUCAAGGGCCCACUCUGAGAUCGCUACCGCUCAACAGCGAAGCGACGACGCCUCUGGGGCGGCAGGCGCCAGCCGGGCGAAGUUUGUGGCCGGAGAGACGGUUCUAGCGAAGAGGCGGACGGUGUUGAACGGUGGUGAGGGGUGGGGCAAGGCCGAGCUGCUGGCGGGCUGGCACUCCGCGGAGGUGAUGAAGGUCAGGAAAGCUGGCACUCCGGCUGCACUCUACAGCGUCAGGUACAAAGACGACGGAGCCAUGGCCAAAAGGAUGCCCUUGUCUGCCCCUCAAGAAGGUUCUUCGGAAAAUUCCUCGGAUUCCUCCCCGAACGAAAAUGGCGAGAACGGUCAUCCGUCAUCGAGACGAAGAAAAAGGCCGAGGCGUUUGCUUCGGAAGUGCCCGGGCGCGGGCCUGCCCGAUCCCGUGUUAUCGACACUCAAUGUCAACAAAGACUUGGGGUGCGUUAGCGAAGCAUUCCAGAAGUCCUUGCAAGCCUUUCUUGACAGCAACCCGGCAUCGCUUCGCGGCGACCACACCAAUGAUAGCUCCAAGGCCGGGGCUGCAACGGGGAGGUUGUCUUCCCCCGGCGUCCGUUCGCUCAAGGAGGCGUUCGAGCUGCUCAUGUGGGUCAAGUACAUGCGGUGUUUGGCAAAUCCGGGGGAGACGGUUGGUUCCAUCGCAGCGCAGUCGGUCGGCGAGCCGUCGACGCAGAUGACCCUCAACACGUUCCACCUUGCGGGGCACGGCGGGGCGAACGUGACGCUGGGAAUCCCGAGGUUGAGGGAGAUCAUCAUGACGGCGGCAAAGAAUCUGAAGACGCCUUCCAUGGUGGUGCCGCUGCGCGAGGGUGCCGACCGAUCGACGGCGAGGUCUCUCGCUCGCCGUCUCUCACGCUUGCCUUUGUCCCAGCUGCUGGACAAUCGAGGCGGGAUCGUCGUGCGUGAACGGCUGGUGAAGGAAAAUACGGGCUUAUGGGAAAGGCACUACGUCGUAUGCCUCAGGCUUUUCCGGCCAUCCAUCAUCAGCAUGGCCUUCGACAUCAGCUUCAAAGAGUUGUGUCGCAAGAUCAGCGGCGUGUUUGUCCCGAACCUUCUCUCGGCGAUAGCCAACGACCUGCGGAGAACAGGCAAUAAGCUGUCCCAGACUGGGGGCGCCAGCGUUGGGUUGCCGCCAAGAGGAAGGGGUGAGCGUGCUGGUGACGAGGAGGACGACUUGGAGGGGCAGAUCUCCGCCAUCCCACAGAGCAAUGCUGGUGCGAAGAAGGCCAGCAAGGCUGAGGCCGAGUACGAGAGUGACGACGAGGACGAGGAGCAGGGCACCCUAAAGUUCGGCAAGCAGAAGGAGCAGUCUUCUUACGGUGGCAUGGACGAGGAAGAGAAGGCUAUCUGGAAGGCUAUGAGCGGCAAGGAGGCUAAUGGUGGUGUUCUUGGUGAAGAAGACGGCGACGACGACGGUAAUGACGACGAAGGGAUGGGAGGUGCUGAUGGUGUCGGCAAUGAUAAGAACGAUGACAGGGACUACUUCAACCUUCCGAACAUUUCUGGCGCUCGCCACUUGAAGGGCAUCACGAAAAACAAGAAGACCGGGGAGGUGGAGGUGACGGUUAGGCUCCCGUCGAGCAUGCGCCGGCUGCUGAUGGUCGGGCUAGCCGAGAGCGCCGCAGCGAAGACCAUGGUCCGGUCCCACAAAGGCAUCAGGGGAGCGUUCGUGGUGGACAUGACCGUCGAGGGGAAGAGCGGCCUGGCCGUUCAGCUCGAAGGUAGCGACUUCGAGACGGUGUGGCAGCUGAAAGAAGGCGGAGUCGACGGCAUCCUCAACCUUGACAAGUUAACUUCGAAUGAUAUCUGGGCGGUGUGCCAAACGUACGGUGUGGAGGCGGCGCGGGCGUCGAUCGUAUCAGAAAUCACAGGAGUCUUCGGCGCGUACGGCAUCGCCGUGGACCCGAGACACCUGGGGCUGGUUGCCGACCACAUGACGUUCGACGGCGGAUACCGGCCCUUGAAUCGCGCCGGGAUGGCCGACUUCUCGUCCCCCUGCCUUCAGAUGAGCUUCGAGACGACCACCGACUUCAUGGCCAAGGCUGCCGUGGCACGCUCCAGCGACCGGUUGAAGUCCCCGUCGGCGAGAAUAGUGAUGGGCAGGGUUGGGAGUUUCGGCACGGGGAUGUUCGAUUUGCGGCAGCCCGCCGAGUUUGGUGGGGUAGGCGGGCAGGAGUAAACGCUUUCGUGGUCGGCGAUUGUGCAGAUGUAGAGUCAUAAUGGAGUUCCGUGUGUUGUGUUGAUGAUCGUGUGGUGCACGUUGAUUGGGUCCUGUUUUCUUGGUACCAUUUUUAUCUCGUUCUUUGUGUGCGUGAUGUGGUCGUAAGAAAGUUGUUCAUGUUUCCACCCGGGUGCGUCGAUUCUGCUAUCCACAACGAAGCUCACAGGCUGAGGGGGGGCGAUUGAGAGACCGCUAUAGCUGCGAAAGUCAUACUCGGGGUCCCUAGGGGAUUGGGUCUCUUGAGAGAGAUACGCAAGUGGACGGUUGUCUCCGCAGCAAUCUAGUGCUGUUGCUUAUUCUACACCCCAGUCGCGCACCCUCCUUUAUGUGCGAAAUGGUGUUGCAAGUCCGUGCAGACUCGAACACGUUCAUUGUUAAUUUUAGCUCGACCUUUGCGAACACUAAAGGUGGCCCUGCACCCGUGCGUGUUGGUAGGUCGUGUUUGUUCACGGUGUGCUUUUUCGCGACGGUGCGGUACGUCGAACCGCGCCGUAUGGGUUCAUAGUUAACCGUGGUCGCGGUUUUAUCACGGGACGGUUUUUCCCACUCCGUAGUGAACAAAAGUUA